AUGGCGCUCCUGCGGCAGCGCUGGCCAUCCAGCGGCUAUACUCGUCGAUUGUUCUCCGUCGCCUCCUCUGCCCAUGCAUCCAACUCCGACGUCUCCGCGUGCCCGGAUGGCUCCAGGAGCGCCCAUCAAAGUUUGGUCACAAAUGUGCCCAACCUGCAGGCGCUGCAACGUGUACGCGGACUCCUGCAGCAGCCGCAGCGCCGCGUGCUGCUGCUCACAGGCAGCUCUGCAUCGGGCUCAGCUACUCGCUUAGCGCUGGAGCGAGACGCGCCCGCCUUCGAGCUGGAGCGGCGCGGCCACGGCGUCUUCGGUGCGCGCGAGUUCUGCCAGCUGCUGCUGCGCGAGAGUGGCCGCGAGCGCCGCGUGUUCGGUCGCGCGCAGUUAGUGGCGCUGCUACUGCACAAUGGACUGGAGCUGCCGGGGGCGUCGCGACUCGCGGCCACGUCGACGCUGCAGAGACGCAAGGCGGUGCAGGACUUGCUGCAGCUCUUCCGGCUGCUGGAGAGGGAGGGCGUCACGCCCGAGCAGUAUUCGGCCGCAGCCGUUGCAGGCGGAGAGCAGGUGCCUCAGGAGCUGGCCGAGACCUACAGACAGUACCAGGAGCUGCUGCUGCAGCACAACGCCACGUCUUGGGACGGGCUAGUGCUGGACGUGCUGGAGAUGUGUGGGCUGCAGCAUGGAGCAGAUGAAGCGGGGGCGACAACGGCGUUCAGUCGGUCGGUGCUUAGAGAAUACACGGACGUGGUGCUGGACGACUUGCAGCGGAUGACGCCGGCGAUGGCGAGGCUUGCGGGCCAUCUGUGCGGCCAACCGAGUGUCCUGUCCAGUGCGAGCUUCAGUCGCGUGCUGCUGGAAGGAAACGAGUGUUUUCAAACGCAGAUCUUAGAGCGGCAGUUGGAGGUGACUGCGGCAGCAACAGGAUGUCCGCGUACAGUGGACCGCGUUGCGUUGGAUGUACAAGAUGAUGGUGAAGCUAAGAGAGCGAAGGUGCGGGCGUUUGCGAGCCAGGUUUUGACGCAGAGCGGUGGUGUAAGUGCAGGUAUCCCCUCACCUGUCCCAUUGAAGUGCUGGAACUUCAAUACACGACUGCGCGCUGAGUGCCACGAGCUGUCCGCCGCCGAAAUCGUUCAGAACUUCCUGGAGGAAACUGGUCGAUUAGAGACAUUGCUGGGUCCCAAUUCUCCGGAGCAAGAGCGCGAGUCUCUGGUUAUGGCGGACUUUCUGCGGGAGCUGGGGACUGCACAAAAUGUCGUGAAGAGUGCCCAAGUGGCGUUCGUGGCUCCGUACUUGCAGCAGCUGAGGGAGACGAACUUGACGUCGUCAGCGGCAUGGGACGAAGUAUCAGCGGAACUUAACACUCCCGGAUCCAAGGCAGUUGCAGAGGACACGUGCAUUCGCGUCCUUCCACUGACUUCUUACGCUCUUGAGUCGCUCGCGGUUACUACAAGUGACCAGCAAGCUGAUACCAAGCACAUGCUGGUGUUGAUGUCCAUGCGUGAUAGCAAGUUUCCUGGACGCAUGAAGCGUCUCACUCAACCGCUUCCGUACGAGCUGCUGAGCAAGCCAUAUCCUGUUCAAACGCGAUCUGAACACCUCGAGCAAUGCGAACAGCUCGCGUAUAAGGCGUUGACACUGGGUGCGUACGAUGAGGUGGUGCUGUCUUUUGCAGAACUUGCACGUAUUUCGUCGUCCAAGCGCGAGGUGUUGAGUCGGUCAUUCCAGCCGAUCUGGUACGAGGGAGACCGGCCACCAAAAACCCCAAGUCGUAAAGGCGGAAGCCAAGGGAGGCGCGGGUCGGACAUGACGCCUCCGCACGGGACGCAAUCAGCAACUGGGAGUUCGUCUACAAAGGGUGUCGCCGCUCCAGGUACCGUAUCCCCAACACAGGAAACCCCACAGUUUUGGCUCUCCGAGGUGGCUGGGUUUCUGCGUGAGUUCGUGCAUCGCGUCCUACUCCCCGUGUUGCACCGUGACAAGGUGCUUCCCAGCACGAACACCGCUGCAAGCCUUAAGACCGGCUACAGUCCAGCCAUGGAGAACCAAACGAGUCAAGACCUGAAGCAAUUUGAAGGAGGCGCAGUUGCCACUAGUCGUUUGUCGGCACCAGCAGCAAGCUUGCCGUAUGAACCACGUCACUUGUCAUAUUCGCAGAUCUCCGAGUACCUGCGCUGUCCUCACCGGUACUACCUCGGUCGUGUUAUGAAGCUGGAUGGCGACGUCUCCACCGCGAUGAUGUUUGGACGCGCCUUGCACGAAGGCAUUGCUGCGUUUGCAAAGUCUCUCGCUGCCUCCGAGCGCAACGGCGACCAGACACAAGACGCGAAGACACGAGCGGCGGUCGAAGCGGAGGAAGCUUUCGUGCGUGCGUGGGCUGGUGACGGGUAUGGGCUUUACGCGUCGAAGGAACAGGCUUCCUUCCUGCUUGAUCGCGGGAUGAUGGCGUUGUGGGAUUUCAUUGAGACUCAUCACGGAGACGUGAGAUUACAGGAGAUCGUUCACGUGGAGAAGGAGUUUGCUGUCCACGUCCCUGAGGCAAACGUCGAGUUGCGCGGUGUCUGGGACCGCAUCGACCGAGUACGGAGUCUCAGCGGUGCAGAACAUUCCCCCCUCGUCAUCAAGGAGUUCAAGUCGAACAUGGGCGGCGCCGCGCGCAACAUGCGCAAGCUAGCGGACGAAAGCCUGCAGCUCAAGAUGUACAUGUACGCCUUCCGCAAGGUCUUUGGCGAGGCGCCGUACGGAGCGAAGCUGCAGCAGAUCGGCGGCAACUACGCUGAUCCCAGCACUACAAUAGGAAGACGGGGAAUUAGCAGAGUGCGGACUAACGACGACGGCUUCGUCCACUUCACGGAGCAAGCGGCUCAGGAAGCCGAGGACGCCAUCAUUGAGGUUGUGUCGGGCCUGCGCAGCGGCAACUUCGAGCCGAAGCCUAGCUUUGCCGAGUGCGCCUUCUGUCCGUACGCAGGGUCUGCCUGCCAUUUUGCUACCGAUGAUGCUUCAUGUGACAGUCAAGCUGCAAGAAGAAGUACUGGGAGCUCUGCAAGGGCUAAGGCUUGAGUGAUCAAAUAGACGCUUCAUAACAUCG